GGGGUGGAGCGGAAUUGAAAAUGGGGAGAAGUUCUAGGGUUCCUAAUUGUAAACGUAAUUUCUUUGUCUGAAAAUCAGCGAACACGACAAGACACGUACAUACAUUUUCUCUCUCUGUCUGUUUCUCGUCCUCUGUCUCUCAGAAGUUCCAUAGGCGAGUGGAAUUCUGCUCCGCAGCUGCUUCCUUCCGCCGGAGUCCAAGACCCCGCUUUGAUCUUUGAUCCCCGAAGUAAUUUCAGCUUCGAUCGUCUUGGGAGCUCGAAUUCGCUUCCUUCCUGAGGUCGCUCAGUUUGUUAGAAGUCUUUGGUUGAUGAGGAAAUGGCGGGAUUUGCAGGUUCGAGGGUAGCAACUUAUAUGGCUACCUUGAUUUGUUGCCCGACCUAAUACCCUACAGCUUGCUGACUCCAUUAUGCUGGGUAUCUUUGAAGACAUAGCUAAUGAAGUUCUUAAAUUAUCAAGAUCUCGUAAUUCUUCAGACGUACCACCCACCAACAUGGGCAACAAUUGUGGCUGGUGCAUUUGUUCUUAUUUCUCUUACUCUCUCCACGUACCUCAUGUUCGAGCACCUCUCUGCAUACAAGAACCCUGAGGAGCAAAAGUUUUUAAUUGGAGUCAUCCUUAUGGUUCCAUGUUACGCUGUAGAGUCGUUUGUUUCACUGCUCUACCCAUCAAUCAGUGUUGAUAUUGAAAUAUUACGAGACUGUUAUGAAUCCUUUGCCAUGUACUGCUUCGGGAGAUAUCUUGUCGCAUGCUUGGGCGGGGAAGAAAGGACUAUUGAAUUCAUGGAAAGACAAGGGCGUUUGGCUGGUAAAACUCCUUUACUAGACCAUGGUUCUGACCGUGGCUAUGUCAAGCAUCCAUUUCCAAUGAAUUACAUCUUGAACCCAUGGAAGCUUGGCCUCUGGUUCUACCGAGUUAUCAAGUUUGGCAUUGUUCAAUAUAUGCUAAUAAAGGCUCUGAGUGCUGUCUUAGCAGUAAUUCUUGAAGCCCUUGGCGUAUACUGUGAGGGUGAAUUCGACUUGACUUGUGGGUAUAUUUAUAUGGCAGUUGUCCUGAACUUCAGUCAAUCUUGGGCUUUGUACUGUCUAGUGCAGUUUUACACUGCCACGAAGGAUGAAUUGGAACACAUAAAACCAUUAGCCAAGUUUCUGAUGUUUAAAUCUAUCGUCUUUCUUACUUGGUGGCAAGGAGUUGCAAUUGCUCUUUUCUAUGCCCUUGGUUUGUUUAAGAGUCCUAUUGCUCAGGGCCUGCAGUUCAAGUCAAGUGUACAGGACUUCGUCAUUUGUAUAGAGAUGGGCAUUGCUUCUAUUAUACACCUCUACGUGUUUCCUGCAAAACCUUACGAGCUGAUGGGUGAUCGCUUUCCUGGAAGUGUUUCAGUCCUUGGAGACUAUGCCUCUGUUGACUGUCCUUUGGAUCCUGACGAGGUGAGGGACAGCGAGCGGCCUACAAAAUUGCGACUACCCCAGCCAGAUGUUGACGUGAAGAAUGCAAUGACCAUCAGAGAAAGUGUUCGGGAUGUAUUUGUUGGUGGUGGUGGAUAUAUUGUAAAAGAUGUGAAAUUUACAGUGACCCAAGCAGUGGAGCCUGUGGAGAAAGGCAUCACGAAGUUCAAUGAGAAACUUCACAAAAUCUCCCAGAACAUAAAGCGGCACGACAAGGACAGGAGGAGGACGAAGGAUGACAGCUAUAUCGCGUCGUCUUCCACCCAGAGAGUGAUCCGUGGGAUUGAUGAUCCUUUGUUGAACGGAAGCUUCAGCGAUAGCGGGGUUUCAAGAACGAAAAAGCACCGUCGCCACAAAUCAGGAUACACCAGUGCAGAAAGUGGCGGAGAAAGCAGCAGUGACCAAAGCUAUGGCGGAUACCAUAUCCGAGGUAGGAGGUGGAUUACUAAAGAAUAGCUGUGAAAAGGAAAACCUUGAAAGUCUCUCUGCCAGGUCAGGUCAUGAACACAGAUCGAAUCAGGAGAGGAAGUUUGAAAGGCCUGCCAUUAAAUUUGAAGGAGCGUGAUUUUUCUGCGUGACUUCAGAUGUUUUUGUUUAUAUUCUACACAAGGAAGGUUGAAUGCCCGGCUACUUGAAGAUUGCAGGUACAUGAAAGAGCCAAUUUUUGUUCGUGGAAGGGAAUCGCAUUGCGUCUCGUGGAGUUAGAUCAUGUAGAAAUCAUGUAGAGCUUACUGAUGCUUCAAUGUGAUUGUAAUUGUAUCCACUGAGUUUAUAUGGGAACACUGUCUAUUUUCCAUGUUUACCUUGUAAUGAAAUAUGACUGACAUACUGGGCUGUCAAACCGUGUAAUGUGAUGUUUCUUGAAUGAAAAUUUUUUUUGAGACGU